CAGCGGAGCGGAGGAAGGAGGUGAUGGAGGGAGGAGGAGGAGGAGGAGAAAGAGGAGGGCUGAUGUGUGCUGAUCAGCAGCAGGUCUGAUGAUGAUGAUGAUGAUGAUGAUGGGUGGUGAUGGUGAUGAUGAUGUGAGUCAGAGAGCGGAGGGUUCAGGAUGCUCACAGCCGCUCCAGAGUAGACCAAUCCCGGACACAGAGACACUGAGGACCCGCCUGAGGAGACACGAUUCUCUAAAGCUAACCACAGACAGUGACUUCGAGGAGCUCCAGAGUUCUGCAGCUCUACAGUCUGAGCAAACAGGUCAGCCAUCCAGAGCAGCAGGGCGGACUCCAACUCCCAGAAUGCCCGAGCAGAGUAACGACUACCGGGUGGUGGUGUUCGGCGCCGGCGGGGUGGGGAAGAGCUCGCUUGUCCUUCGGUUUGUGAAAGGCACCUUUAGAGACACCUACAUCCCCACCGUAGAGGACACGUACAGACAGGUGAUCAGCUGUGAUAAGAGUGUCUGCACGCUGCAGAUCACAGACACAACAGGAAGUCACCAGUUUCCCGCCAUGCAGCGUCUUUCCAUCUCUAAGGGCCACGCAUUCAUCCUGGUGUACUCCAUCACCAGCCGCCAGUCGCUGGAGGAGCUCAAACCCAUUUACCAACAGGUUCUGGCCAUCAAAGGCACCGUGGAGGCCAUCCCCAUCAUGCUCGUGGGCAACAAAAGUGACGAGACGGCCCAGCGCGAGGUGGACACGAAGGAGGGCGAGGCUCAGGCGACCGCCUGGAAGUGUGCCUUCAUGGAGACGUCAGCCAAGACGAACUCCAACGUGAAGGAACUGUUCCAGGAGCUGCUGGCCCUGGAGAAGAAGAGGGACAUGAGCCUGAGCAUCGACGGCAAACGCUCGGGGAAACAGAAACGAGCCGACAAGCUGAAGGGGAAGUGCAGCAUCAUGUAGGGCGAAUGGCGGCGGCGGCGGACUCGCUGUAGAGACGUGGAAACAGCAGAGGAGGCAGGACGGAGGACCGGCGUCUCCUCCUCCGUCUGUCUGAACACCGAAGCCCAGAGGAACAAAAUGUCACCAACUGAUGGAAACUUUAUUUAUACUAGGGCCUCGGGCUCCUCCUGGCCCCGAACUGGAUUGUGUUUUUGACCCCGAAAUAAAAAAACAUUCACACACACCUGCCACCGUUAUAUGACACAUAAUAAAGGAAUACUCCACUGAAUUAAAAGAUUGAAAAGUACUGACAGACUCACAGUCUACAAUACCCAAAAUGCAUUGCAAACACCCUGAAACUGGGACCGACCACGUUUGGCGCUGCCAAAUUUGAGACCCAACUGGAAAGCUAGUACCUGUUUAUACAUUUAAUCAGUUGUGGACCGUCAGCGCAUUGGGUCCACAGGCUAGCUGCUCCGAGGGGGAGUUCGGUACUAGCAGGACAUGAUGAUAUGGAAGGAGACAGACAAACUGGCAAAGUCAUAAAGAAAGAAAUGACUUAAUAAAUUAGAAAAUACCCAAACAGAGACCCGAGUUUUACGUAAACAGAAUGUCCCAAACCCAGAGUCGGGUCCAGGUUGAGCAGAGGUCUAAUGUGCAACCUGGUUCCUCAAAUACAGACAGAGGCCGAACAAAAGUCAACGUUAGCAAGUAAUUUUAGCCUGAACGAGGCUUUUUCUAUCACAACCUACAACACCACAAGCUAAUGGGCUUAGCUAAUGAUAUGCUAACAUUUGGUCUAAGAAGUAACUUCUUUAACCGUCCUCGUUGGGGAAGUCAAGAAAAUCUUUUUCUUUAUUAUUGUUUGAGGUGUUUUAGUUAAAUCCUAACAGAAGUUAUCUCAGGACACAGCAGCUUUAAGGGUUGUCGACAGGGAAGUGGAGUUUACCUGUUGUAUAUCUGUGGUUCUCCUUCCAGCCCGUACUGUCGAGUCGUAAACAACAGCUGGAAUAUCUUUGUUAAAAAUACUAAUGUGAUGUUCUUUAAAGUCUCUAUUUUAACCUGUGAGCUACAACUGGUCAGCGAUGACAUGCUAACGUUACAGUAAAUGUAAAGAUGGUAAGUUUGUUUUGUUGUGUGGUCGGAGCAGAUCAUUCAUUUCUUAACUGUUACUCUUGUGAUUUGGUUGUGGAAAGACUAAAGUUAUACACCGAG